AUGGACAAAAGUUGGAUGACGAAGUGGAGAGGUUCGAGGGAGUAUAUGGAAGGGGCCGAAGCGUUCGUGAAGUAUGCAGUUACGAAUUCCAAAAAUAAAAAUUCAAUUGUAUGUCCAUGCAAGAAGUGUGGUUUGAACAGGAGCCUACGGCCAGAAGAAGUAUAUGACCAUUUGACCGGUGGAAGGGGAAUUAUGCCUAAUUACACUGAAUGGAUUUGGCAUGGGGAGAAGAUUAGGGCUCCUGUACCUAAUAAAGUACGUGUUGUUGAAUCUCCUAAGCCGGCUCCGACUGCAAAUAUUGUACCAAUUCUCGAUGAGUCAAGAACGAUGCAGUCCAUGUUGCAAGAUGUUUUUGGCAUACAUAGUACUCGGGCAGACGAUGAUGAGUGUCAAGUGGAAGUGGAAGCCGAUUAUGUACCUGAAGCAGUUGAUGAAGAGAUCGAUGAGAGUGCCAAGAAAUUCUACAACUUGGUUCAGGAUGCAGACAAGCCACUUCAUGAUAAAACACGAUAUAGCAAAUUGUCAGCUAUUGUUCAUCUAUACAACUUGAAGUGUGUGGGUGGACUCAGUAAUACGAUUUUCACAUUGUUGCUUGAGUUCAUCAAUGAGAUAGUACCAACAGAUGAGCCAGCUUUUCCUAAAAGUAUGUAUGAGACAAAAAAAUAUUUAAGAGACUUGGGACUUGGAUAUGAAAAGAUUCCGGCUUGUCGAAAUCAUUGUAUGUUAUUCUGGAAGGAAAAUGAGAAGUUAGAUACAUGUACAGUGUGUGGAGCAUCAAAGUGGAAGGACGAAAUUACUGAAGAAGAUGGGUCAUCCCGAACAUUGAAGAGACGACCGGUAAAGGUGUUGCGGUGGUUUUCAUUGGCUUCAAGAUUGCAAAGGUUGUACAUGUCACAACAUACCGCUUCCCACAUGAGGUGGCACGCUGAUGGGCGCACAAAAGACGGUGUGCUCAGGCAUCCGGCAGACGGUGAAGCUUGGAGAACAUUUGAUACACUGCACCCAAACUUUGCAUCAGACCCACGAAAUGUUAGGCUUGGUCUAGCGUCGGAUGGUUUUAACCCUUUUGGGAACAUGAGCACAAGCCACAGUACUUGGCCUGUUAUGUUGGUUCCAUACAACCUACCUCCUUGGAUGUGCAUGAAACAACAGUAUUUCAUAUUAUCUAUGAUUAUUUCAGGCCCAACUGCACUAGGAAUGAAUAUAGAUGUCUACCUACAACCUUUAAUAUCUGAGUUACAGGAGUUGUGGAAUGUAGGGGUACGGACAUAUGACAUAUCCAAGAAGAAGUCAUUUGUUAUGCGGACAGCAUUGAUACGAUGGUUGUCUGCCGAUCAUAAGUGGCGACAUAUGGCAAGAACCUUUGACGGUAAACAAGAGCUGGGUGUUGCGCCUGUUAUUCCAGAUGGUGGUGAAAUCCUACGACAAUUACAGGGAUUUGAUGUUCAUGAAGACAUAAGAAGAGACAAACGACAAAAAACUGUGCAGCAAGGUCAUGGGGCAAAUGAGACCGUGGUAUGGAAAAAGAAAAGUAUUUUUUUCACAUUGCCCUAUUGGAAGGAUAAUUUGUUACGACAUAACCUUGAUGUGAUGCACAUCGAAAAAAAUGUGAUGGAUAAUAUCAUUGGGACCCUACUGGACAUGAAAGUAAAAACAAAAGACAACCACGCAGCACGUUUGGACUUACGUAAAAUGGGUUUGAGAAAAACACUUCAUCCAUUCACAAACGAGAGAGGCAAAACAUAUAUACCAGCGGCGUGCUACACGAUGUCUAAGGAGGAAACAAUUAAUUUCUUAAAAGUGAUCAAAGAUGUUAGAGUACCCGAUGGAUAUGCCUCCAAUUUGUCCCGUUGCGUGAACCUUAAAGCCCGUACCAUUGUUGGUAUGAAGAGUCAUGACAACUAUAUACUCAUGCAACAACUGCUGCCAAUAGCUUUGCGUGGCUCCUUGGAAAAGAAGGUUGUGAAACCUUUGAUAGAGUUGUCUGCAUUUUUUAGGGGUAUAUGUUCAAAAACAUUGACGGAAGAAGAUCUAGCUCGACAUGAAGCUGAAAUCCCUAUCAUAUUGUGCAAGCUUGAACAAAUAUUUCCUCCGGGCUUCUUUACAAUUAUGGUUCAUGUUGUCAUACAUUUGGUUCGUGAAUGUCGACUUGGUGGACCAGUACACUGUCGGUGGAUGUAUCCAGUUGAGAGGUCCCUUGGACGAUACAAAUCCCCAGUGCGCAACAGAGCUACACCUGAGGGUUCUAUAGCGGAAGGUUACUUAGCGGAUGAAAUGAUCACAUUCUGUUCACGGUACUUAGAGAACGCACUCACAGUCCACAAUAGGCCUCAGAGAAACCCUGAUGAGGCUAGGGGAGCGGUUAACCAAAUGGACCAGACACGUAGAACUGAGUUAGGGGAUAAGCUUGUAUGGCAUUCUAAAGGGCCAAUUGAAACGGCCUUCGAAUAUAACCGAUAUGUAGUUAACGGCAAGCUGUUUCGCACUAUGGCCCAAGAUGAAGGAAAAACAACCCAAAACAGUGGCGUGUGUGUGCCUACAGUUGAUGGCGAUACCUAUUAUGGGAAGCUAACUCGAAUAAUAGAGGUAGAAUACUAUGACACGACUAGGUAUGUGCUAUUUAAGUGUGAUUGGGCGGACAUUAGAAAGGAUAGAGGAUGGUCGGAGGAUGAGUAUGGUAUGACACUUGUGAAUUUCAAAAACCUAAUACAUACGGGAGAUAACAUUUUGGAUGAUCCAUAUGUAUUAUCUUCACAAGUAUCCCAAGUAUACUAUGUCCAUGACGACAGGAACCCAGACUGGUGUUGCGUAGUAAGGACUAAACCGAGGAACGUGUAUGAUGUUGGUGAGGGAGAAGUGAACAAUGAUGAAGAUCUCAACUACCAUGAGAGUGAGCCAUUGAACUUGAACAUUAAUCAGGAUCCAAAUGAAGCUGAUUACGGUGAAGACAUUCAUUAUGCCCGUAGCAAUAUACCUGCGAUUGAAGUAGUACAACCACAAUAA